UCUAUCACUUGAAUCAUUUGCAACAGGGGUUUUACCAAAACACUCAAUUUCAAGACAAUUGUUUGUAAAGGACACGUUCGUAACCAUGGUUUUUUGUACCAAAACCAAUCAAAAAAUGACACAAAAAAUUUAAAAUUCGCGCCAUUUAAAUUUUUAUUACUUAUUGUGAAAAUUUCCGGUUUAUAAUAACUUCAAGUUAUGUAAAUUUAUGUAGUAAUUGCUUCUAACUGUUAUUUUCAGCGGAAAAUCUUCACAUGGUUAUUUACAAAUUUAUUACUGGUUGUGGUUGAUGGAUUACAAGUUUUACAAGCUAGAAACACAUGUAAAAAGACAAGUCUGAUUGUUGUCUCACUUUAUGUUUGAUCAAUAAAUAAAUCUUGAGGUGGUUUAUUUCGAAAUGAAAUCGAAUCAAGUCAAUGUGGCACCAGCCGAAAUCAAUAAACAAAUGUUGGAAAUAAAGAAAAAAAUCCAACUUUCCGAGGGCCAAAGAAAGGCAGCAUUUGAAGACUGUGAAGCUGAACGAAAAUCAAACAUUGACGAGAUUCACAAGCUCAAAAAAGAAAUCAAAGAAUUGGUGAAAGAAUUGAAAGAAAAAACCCAAUCAAGUGCUGCUCUCAAAACAACCAAUAAGAAACUCGAAUCAAUAGUGGGACCAAUCGACGAAAAAACCACUACCACAAUCGAAGAAAUGCUAGAUUUGCAAAUAAUCGACAAAUCAAAAUCACUAAAUUUGCUCAAUUACAAGAUUAAAAAGCGCGAGAAACUCCUCACCGACUUGGGUCAAGAAUUCCAACUGUUAAAAACCGAGAAAUCGCGCAAAGAAGUCGUCGAAAGAGUCGACAAACCGGCGAAAAAAGCCACUUGUGAGCUACAAAACAGCAUUCAUGCCGUUGAGGUGCAAUUGAGGGAAGCAAAUCACAUUUCGGCCCGCUAUAAAGACGUGAAAAAGUCACUGUUACGAGACGCGGCCCGAUUUGAAAGCAAUAUUAAACGAAUUGAGGAGGAAUUGGAGUUGCAAAAUGACGAUAUUAACGACUUGCAACAGGUGAUGAAUGAAGCGACGAGGAAGAGGAGCACAGCACGUGGACACCUUCUUCGAGAGGAGAAAAGCGCAAUGUCAAGUGCCCAUUCGAGAGAAAAACAAACAGUGGAAGGCCAAAGAUUGGUAACUAGACGAAAACAAGAAUUGGAAUUGUUGGAGAAACGAAUUUUUCAAGUUGCUAAAGUUGCAAGAGUUGUUGAGGAAAUUGAGGAGGAGAAUGAGACUCCGGUACCCCCGGAGGAGACUCUAACAAAGGCUUUCGAGGUUUUAAAGAAAGCGACAGGGGCAACAAAUACGGAGGAAGUCUUACACAAGUUUAAUAUGCAAAAAGACACUCUAGAACGGCUCAUUUUACUAAGAAAGAAAUCGGAAGCUGAAAAAAAGCAACUGGAGAAGAAUUUAGACGAUUUAAACACUAAAUUAGAGUUUUUCAAGUUUGCUGAAGUCAAAGAAACUGAACGAAAGUCAAUCAAGAUGGAACAAAUCCAAAAUCAAAUCGAAAAAAUACAAAACAAAUCUCACAAAAUCAAGAAUUUGAAACAAGUGAAAGAUAAAACAAUUCAAACGAUUUUGUUAUCGGUUCAAGAGUUACAAAUUUGUAUAAAUCCAGUUUCUGUGCCUAAAAACCAAGUUUUGGAAACUCUAAAUUGUAUUAAAUGUGAUUUGAAGGGUGUUUUAGGAAACCUUGCGGAAGAAAUUGAAUUGGAAGAAAUUGAAGAGAAAUGGUUACCGAGUCCGUACAGUGGGCUAGUUCGCAGGACUCCAAUUCCCCAGACUGGGACUUCCCCGGCUCCUCCUCCACCACCUACAGGCUCCGAAGAUGAGGACGAAGUCCCAUCGAGGACUUAUUUGAAACGUCAAGCACAAUUAGUCGUCGAUGCGAAAUCUCGCCGUAAAAAUAUUCGAAUUCCCGCCAAAAGAAACUAAAUAUAAUACAAGUUGCUUUAUUUAACAAUAAUUGUUAAUAAAAAUACAAAUUUUGACUGAAAAUGACGUUUCAUAAACGCCAAGUAAAGUGUGAAUAAAAACUAGUAAAAAUAAUUUCAGUCUCAUUAACUACAUACUUAAAAAAUAAAGAAAAAAUGAAAAAAAAAGUGACAAAAUUAAAUGUCCCAACUAAUAAUUACUGAAUGCACCUGUAUAGAAAUGUCAAGGCCAUUUAUUACAAUUCCAAAUAAAAAUUUCCCUAACUUUUUCUCGUUUUAUAUCACAACUUUAGUUGGAUUACACUCAUGAUACACACACACGAAAAAAAAAAAACAAUUGGCAGUGACUCAUAACAUUGGCAGUUAUUUGAUUAGCGAAAAAAGAAUAUCGGCCUCUUUGGCAAACUCGGAAGUUUUCAGUAGUUUUAUAUUUUUUUGUAAUGUAGUCCAACUAUUUCGCGUGCAAGGAACUG